AUGGCCCUCAACGCCAUCUUCACUUCUAGCGCUUUGUUCGCGGCUGCGGUGUCGGCCAUUCCCGCACCGAUCCCGCUUCCCUUGGUUUCUCGAGAUGACCAGAGUUUCAACGCCAGCCUCCCCAAUAUCACCAUAUUUGCAACUGGAGGAACCAUUGCCGGAAGUGCCGCGUCUAGCGACCAGACUACCGGCUAUAAAGCUGGUGCAUUGAGCAUCGAGACCCUUAUCGAGGCUGUCCCUGAGAUCCGUAACAUUUCCAACCCUAGUGGAAUCCAGAUUGCCAAUGUUGCGUCCCCUAGUGUGACGGACAGCAUUCUAAUGAAUCUGACCCAUCAUGUUCAGGCCGCCAUGGACGACCCUUACUGCUCGGGUGUGGUUGUUACCCACGGCACGGACACUCUGGAAGAGACCGCUUUCAUGCUUGAUUUGACGGUGAAAACCAACAAGCCGCUCGUCAUUGUUGGUGCUAUGCGCCCAGCUACAGCUAUUAGCGCUGAUGGGCCCAUCAACCUCCUGGAAGCUGUUACUGUCGCCGCCGACCCAGCUGCUCGCGACCGCGGAACUAUGAUUCUCCUCAGUGAUCGCAUUUCAAGUGCUUUCUACACCACCAAAUCCAACGCCAAUUCUCUCGAUACUUUCCGGGCUCUUGAGCAAGGAUACCUCGGAGUCCUCAUCAACAUCAAGCCGCUGUGGUAUACUACUCCUAGCCUUCCACUUCACCGGCCUUACUUCAAUGUUACCGAAAAACAUGACCUGCCUAAGGUAGAAAUCUUGUACGGCUACCAGGAUGUUGACCCUACCAUCCCCAAGGCCGUAGUGGAAAACGGUGCUGUUGGACUUGUUCUUGCCGGCAUGGGCUCGGGCGGUUGGACCGAUGAUGGUAAUGCGGAGCUGGAGAAGCUGUUCAAUGCUACCGGCAUACCCAUCGUUUAUUCUAGGCGACCAAUGGACGGCUUUGUCGAGCCUACUGGAACGUUUGGAAUUGGUGGCGGCUUUCUCAACCCUCAAAAGGCACGCAUUAUGCUCCAACUGGCCCUAAGCACUGGUUAUAAGGGCAAGUCGUUACGAGGCCUCUUUGAGUACAUCUGA